UAUCGAGGUAAAGCGUUAGCUUGUGUUUAACAGGACCUUUGCCACAAGUUCCUGUUAUUACCAUUUUUACUUACAAAGUUGUUGAUUGCUGAAGAGUGAUUUUUCAUUAGUUGUUGCAGAGAACUAUAGAAAAAAAGUGCAAAAAAAUGUUAAAAUUUAUUUGUGUGACAUUAUUGGUGGUUACAGUUUUAGCCCGUCCAGAACCACCAGUGAAUACAUAUUUACCGCCUUCUGCUGGCGGAGGAAGUGGGGGUGGUUCUCCAUUGGCACCGUCGGAUACCUAUGGUGCUCCUGGAGUAAAUGGUGGUGGUGGUGGCGGUGGUAGCGGCCCGUCCAGCACCUAUGGAGCUCCGGGUUCAGGCGGAAGUAACGGGAAUGGGGGUGGUGGAUUUGGUAAGCCAUCUAGUACUUAUGGUGCUCCUGGCUUAGGCGGUGGUGGAAAUGGAGGUGGCAGACCCUCAGAAAGUUAUGGUGCACCUUCCGGUGGUGGAGGAAAUGGAUUUGGAAAGCCCUCUUCAACUUAUGGUGCACCCAAUGGAGGAGGCGGUAAUGGUGGUCCUGGAAGACCUUCAUCUACUUACGGUGCGCCCGGUUCAGGGGGUGGCAAUGGUGGUGCUGGCAGACCUUCAUCUACGUAUGGUGCUCCCGGUUCAGGGGGCGGUAACGGCGGUUCUGGCAGACCUUCAUCUAUGUACGGUGCUCCUGGUUUAGGAGGUGGUAAUGGUGGUUCCGGCAGGCCUUCGUCUACCUACGGUGCUCCGGGUUCAGGAGGUGGAAACGGUGGUUCUGGAAGACCUUCAUCUACCUAUGGCGCACCCGGAUCAGGCGGCGGAAAUGGUGGUUCUGGCAGACCCUCUUCUACUUACGGUGCUCCUGGAAAUGGGAACGGUGGUAAUGGCUUUGGAAGACCGUCUUCCACUUACGGAGCGCCAGGUUCAGGUGGUUCAAAUGGCAAUGGCAAACCUUCUUCUACUUACGGGGCACCGGGAUUAGGUGGGGGUGGCGGUCGCCCUUCGGAUAGUUACGGUCCGCCAGCGUCUGGUACUGAUGGUCGGAAUGGAAACGGUCACGGUCAGAGUCAGGAAUAUUUGCCUCCAGGUCAAUCUGGCGGUAGUGGAGGAGGCGGCUACAGCGGCGGCUCUGGCGGUGGCGGUAGCGGUGGCAAUGGCGGUGGCGGUGGUUAUGGUGGUGACCAAGACAACAAUGUUGUGGAAUACGAAGCUGAUCAAGAAGGCUAUCGUCCCCAGAUUCGCUAUGAAGGAGAUGGCAGCCAAGGAGGUUUCGGUGGUGAUGGCGAUGGUUAUUCCUAUGAGCAAAAUGGUGUCGGCGGAGACGGUGGCGGUGCCGGGGGUUCUGGGGGUUAUUCGAAUGGUCAAAACUUAGGCCCUAACGGCUAUUCAAGUGGACGUCCUAAUGGUGGAAAUGGCGGUGGUCGUCGCGGUGGCGGUGGCGGUGGUAGUGGCGGUGGACAAAAUUUAGGUUCCAACGGUUAUUCAAGCGGUGCGCCAAACGGUUUCGGCGGUGGUAAUGGCCAAGGCUACUCAGGCGGUCGUAAUGGAGGUGGAGGUGGAGGACGUAAUGGAGGUGGAUAUCGUAAUGGAGGUGGCGGAGGUGGAGGUCGUAACGGAGGCGGCUCUAAUGGUUACAAUUACGAUCAGCCCGGAAGCAAUGGAUUCGGACGCGGCGGAGGAAACGGUGAAAAUGACGGCAGCGGCUAUCACUAUUAAGUGUUGAAAUGAAGGCAAAGAAAAUCGGAAAUGACUUUCUAGUUAGUGUUCGUUGAUUUUCUGGUGCAGUUAAAAAACUGUGAAUUUAAAGUGACAUCAGUUUAAUCAACCAUUCUCUAGACUCUUCUUUUUUCUUUUUUUUUUUUUUUAGUUAAUCUAGUUUAUUUCUCGUAACUGUAUAAAAAAAUUGAAGACUUUCUUUUCUUCUCGUUCUUAUUAAUUUAAAUUCUUAGCACUUUAUGAAAAUGCGUGGCAUAUUUUUUUUAAAAAUAGUCUUUUUAGCGAGUUUUC